GCCGCCGCAGCUGCCCCUACUGCUGCUCUGCGUCCUCGGGGCGCCACGAGCCGGAUCAGGAGCCGACACGGCUGUGAUCAGUCCCCAGGACCCCACGCUCCUCAUCGGCUCCUCCCUGCAGGCCACGUGCUCAGUGCACGGGGACCCGCCGGUGGCCACCGCCGAGGGCCUCUACUGGACUCUCAACGGGCGCCGUCUGCCCCCCGAGCUCUCCCGAGUGCUCAACGCCUCCACCCUGGCUCUCGCCCUGGCCAACCUCAACGGAUCCAGGCAGCAGUCGGGGGACAACCUCGUGUGCCACGCCCGUGACGGCAGCAUCCUGGCCGGCUCCUGCCUCUAUGUUGGCUUGCCCCCAGAGAAACCCUUCAACAUCAGCUGCUGGUCCAAGAACAUGAAGGACCUGACGUGCCGCUGGACGCCAGGGGCGCAUGGGGAAACCUUCCUCCACACCAACUACUCCCUCAAGUACAAGCUGAGGUGGUACGGGCAGGACAACACGUGUGAGGAGUACCACACAGUGGGACCUCACUCCUGCCACAUUCCCAAGGACCUGGCUCUCUUUACGCCAUACGAGAUCUGGGUGGAGGCCACCAACCGGCUGGGCUCAGCCCGCUCCGAUGUGCUCACACUGGACAUCCUGGAUGUGGUGACCACCGACCCCCCACCCGACGUGCACGUGAGCCGCGUCGGGGGUCUGGAGGACCAGCUGAGCGUGCGCUGGGUGUCGCCGCCCGCCCUCAAGGACUUCCUCUUCCAAGCCAAGUACCAGAUCCGCUACCGGGUGGAGGACAGCGUGGAUUGGAAGGUGGUGGACGACGUGAGCAACCAGACCUCCUGCCGCCUGGCCGGCCUGAAGCCUGGCACGGUCUACUUCGUGCAAGUGCGCUGUAACCCCUUCGGCAUCUACGGCUCCAAGAAGGCCGGGAUCUGGAGCGAGUGGAGCCACCCCACGGCCGCCUCCACCCCCCGCAGUGAGCGCCCGGGCCCGGGCGGCGGGGCGUGCGAGCCGCGGGGCAGCGAGCCGAGCUCGGGGCCAGUGCGGCGCGAGCUCAAGCAGUUCCUGGGCUGGCUCAAGAAGCACUCGUACUGCUCGAACCUCAGCUUCCGCCUCUACGACCAGUGGCGAGCCUGGAUGCAGAAAUCGCACAAGACUCGCAACCAGGACGAGGGGAUCCUGCCCUCGGGCAGACGGGGCGCGGCGAGAGGUCCUGCCAGAUAAGCUCUAGGGGCUGGGGCUGCCCUCCCUGCCUCAUGGAGACUGGGGGUCACCUCUGCACCCUCACCUCAGGGCACCCGAGCACCCUCGGCAGCAGCUGGAGUGGGUGCUCUGAGCUCCGAGGGCCAUGACAGUUCUGGCCUCCAUGUGAGGCCACCCUUGGGUGCACCCCAGUGAUGGUGGGCUUAGCUGCCCAGAACCCCUGCCAGGGCUGGGGGUGAAGGGGAGUCAUUACUCCGCCCACCCAGGACCCCUCCAAAGAGUCUUUUUGAAUAAACGAGCUAUUUAGGUGCCCUGAUUGUGAA